AUAGAUAUUUUUUCUUGCAGCAUCCCGUCUACUUAGACGAAAAAUACCAUGUACAGGCCACUUGAUGACCCCCCGCCGCCUAUGGAUUCAAAAGGUUCCUACUCAGGAAUGCGACGUAGUCAUGAUGUUUCCCAGCGGAGCGAGCGACGAAACCCUAAUGUGGCUCUUAGGGCGGCUUCGGGCUGGAACCCCGGGGCUAACAGUUCACGUGCGACACCACACUUCUUCAGACAGUUACGGGUUUUACAUUACGGCGCCGUUUAGCGUUCUGUUGAAAGCCGCGGAGGAAGUACAUUUACCUAAGGCAUUACGACAGGAAUUUGGCGGUGGAUUGAAAGAAUUUGUUGGGCCCGAGGCUAACUGUUUUGAAGGUAGCGACGAUGAAAUCCGAUUUUUCACCACGCAGGAGAGGCAAUCUUUGGUGCUACAUCUACUUCACACGCUGAGGGCCGGCCCGCAUGAUUUACAAAGUCUGCCGGGUUUUAAGGUGGUUGAAGGCCAAGCGAUUAUCCCAAAGUGCAUUUCGUCCGGUAUUAUUUCUCAGGUCUUCCCUCUACACGAAUUACCUGCGCUAGAAAAACUGCAACGAAGCUGGGUUCGCGCCUUUCUCAGCCCUCAGCCUUUGGACGACAUUUGUAAAUACUUCGGGGUGAAAAUCACUAUGUAUUUUGCCUGGCUCGGCCACUACACCACCGCUUUGAUUGUUCCAGCUGCAGUGGGUGUCAUAUACUGGGUCGGCAUCAUCGGUAGGAACCAAGCGGUGGAGGAUGUGGCGUAUGUCCUGUUUUCGGUAUUCAACGUAAUCUGGGCUACAGUAUACUUGGAAACGUGGAAAAGGAGAGGCGCGGAAUUGGCGUACAGGUGGGGCACUUUGGAUCAGAGGGACGAUUUAUUGGUCGAGCCAAGACCUCUCUUUACAGGAACUCUAGAGAUUUCACCGGUGACGGGUAGACUGGAACCGACAUACCCCAGGUGGAGGAGGAACAUGUUUCGAUAUUUCGUCAGCGUGCCUAUCAUCGCGAUUUGCUUACUCUUCGUCUUCAUCGUUAUGAUUCUAAGCUUCCAAAUACAGGACUGGUGGGACGCACAUCUCGAAUCUGGAGGCUACGGGUUCUGGCUUAGUUAUGUGCCAAAGGUGUUACUCGCGGUGGUGAUCGCAUUGAUGGAUGAAGCGUACUUCAAAGUUGCGGUGUGGUUGAAUGAUUUGGAAAACUAUCGACUAGACACCGAGUACGAGAAUCAUCUGAUCUACAAGGUGGCACUGUUUCAGUUUGUAAACUCCUUCCUAUCGCUGUUUUACAUCGCCUUUUACCUCCAAGAUCAAGAGAGACUCAAGGAGCAACUGGCGGCACUGCUCAUAGCUCGUCAGGUGAUCGGUAACCUAAAGGAAUCCGCGGUGCCGUACCUGAUCGAACAGUUGCGUCUGGCGCGACUGAGUUUUGAGCUGUUCGGGGCCCUGAGUCCUAGCGAGGCGAGACCAGCACCCGGUCAAGAGAGCGAAGAGACGCAGUGCGCUAAAGACAACGAGGAGAAGGAGGAACGAUCCACCGACAGCGGCAAGUCGAAGCAACCCCGAAACGUCAGCCAAGCAGAACUGGAGAGUUCCCUCUACAGAGUAGGGCAUCCCACUAAUUCUCUACUUAGUGACGUUGCGUUCAAGGUAUCAACCAAAAAGUAUGACGGGGCGUUUUCGGAGCAUCUGGAAAUGUUAUCGCAAUUGGGCUACGUUUGUCUCUUUUCGUCGGCGUUUCCAUUAGCUGCGAUGGCAGCUUUACUUGGAAAUUUGCUCGAAUUACGCGGUGACGCGUUUAAACUGUGCUUUGUGCUUCAACGACCUUUUGGGCGUAGGGUCUCGAAUAUAGGAACUUGGCAAAAUGCUAUGGAAACGAUGGGCCUGGUCGCUAUUUUAGUGAAUUGUGCACUGAUCGGAUUGAGUGGGCAGGUACAACGAAUGUUCCCAGAGAUGUCAGCAACACAAACAAUCUUAUUAAUUGUGGCACUAGAGCACAUAAUGUUCGCUAUCCGAUUUGUUAUUAUUUGUGCAAUUCCCGACAUACCUCACUGGGUCGCUACUGAAAUGGCAAAAGUGGAGUUUUUAAGGCGCGAAGCAGUUCGAAGAUUGUCCUCGACACCGUCACCGGAGCAACAACCAGCAACAGUAAUAGGGAGAUUCGUGGUGAGUCCAGCAGACGGAGAGAGCGAAGAGCAGCAUUUGCUCGCGGACCGCAUCGGCUACGCGACCACAUCAAGUCAAGUGGAUACUCCGACCUUGGCUUCAACUAGUCACACACCCAGUGGUCCGACAACGCCUAGCGCAUCAGUACCAAGGAUCGCGGAAACACCACCGACGGCUGAAACGCCCGGCGGUAGCGGCGGAAGCAGUAGCGAAACUAGCAGCCCAUUCCUACCCGAGAACAAUCCCAAUGUGACUACCCGAGACAUCCGUAACUCUCCAAGGUGCUCCAUACCCGGUGGUGAACGAGUAGGAAGACGCUCGAGGGAAUGGUUAAACAAUGAACCCGAAGCAUCCGGUGCGACUGAUCAAUACAGCCAUCAUCUAACCAUCGGACCACAUGGUGGAGUUGACUGGGUACGUCGAUUAGGUUUGGAGCCCGGUGGAAGAAAAUCUAGCGAUUCCGAAAUCAGUGGUACCGGUAACAUAAGCGUUAGGGAAGAGGAGUUAACGCUGCAUAGGUCUACAGACUGUAUCGUGUCGAAAGAGCUUGCCUCGUCUUCAGACAGUGAUCUUCUCAGGUCGGCACCGCCGUGGUCAGUGGCUCAUAGGAGCCAAAAGUUCCGCUUCUCGCCGGAGAAGGAGAAAGAGCGUGAGAAGGUGGCGGAGAAGCAGCAGCAACAACAACAGCAGUAUCAUCAUCAUCAUCAUCAACAUCAUCAACGCACGGAGACGCGGGAGAUGCACGAUCAUCGUGAGCGGCAGUCUUAUCUAGCUGAGAAGGAGAAGGAUUCGAGCGGUUUAUCAGAUUCCAGUAAGACGAUCUCCAGCCAAGAGGAGGAGAAACCGACGAAGGAGGAGCGCGAGGCGAAGAAGACGCGUGUCAAGCAGAGCCUGAUGAAGCGGGCGCGCUCGGUCGCGAUCUUCUCGCUGAAGCUGAAGGAACGUCGCGCUAGGGAGGCCGAAUUGAAGGCUAAGGAGGCAGAGAGAGAGGCCAGGUGGCAACAACCACAAUCCUGUGUUGGCGGCGAGCUCUCAUGCAUACCUAUAGAAAAGCUUAUCUCCGUGGACGAUAUCGCAGCCAUGGAAAUGCGCCGGAUGGAUCAUUAGCCGCUUGAUUAACAACUCGUCUCUCUCUUUCUCUCUCUUUCUCUUGCACUUUUGAUUUUUUCUCGCUACGUAGACAGCCGUGUGUUCGCGUAUCGCGUACAGUCGGUGCGAAUGAUGCUUGUGCAUCGCGAGAAACCCGAUCGUGAUCGCGAGCUGAGAACAUGACAAACGGACAAAAGAAAAGGCGCACAAAUUUUACGAAUCGUCAUUGACAACAUAUGUUAGGUAACAUUCCGUUGAAACGGUUCCCGUUUUCUCCCAGAGAUUCGGGGCGUCUUUGGCGAUUAUCCCUUCAGCGGUAUGAUCCAAUUUAAGAACAAGCGGGGACAAGAUAUUCCUGAAGAAUAUGUAUGAUUAACGAAGAUAACAAUUUUCACGAUGACUUACUCACGAUUUAAAGACUCAUGAAACAGUACGCGAGUCGUGCUGUUUUGGAAGUAACGAUGCCACGGAUCGAGGGUGAAAUUCUAUUACGAUUCAAAAAAGGGAAGAAUCUACGAAAUGUUACAUCGCGAAUUUACAAUUAUUUUGAAUAAAUAUUAAUGAAACUAUUGUGUUUUCUAAAUUUUCUUCAAAGAGCAACAUGUCCCACGUAAAUUCUAAUUUUGCUUCUAUUCAAUAUUCUCACACUAGGCGGCAUAUUUUCCUAGUGCAUAGGUCACUCGCUCGAUUUCACCGUAGGUAAUUAAGACGUAAUUAUCCCGCUCGUGCUGUCAGUAAUUUUAAUUAUAACAUCGAAGAAAAUUAUUCUCGGCUGGAUAUGUAAUAUGUGCGCAUUACUAUGCGGUACUCGGACAGCACGACAAUCCGAUCGCCAUGAAGAAAAGAAGUCGGGAAAGUUCAUUAGAAAAAAUCGCGAAAUUUUCCAGGAGAGGCAGUCAAGAAGCUUGUAAAGUAUCAUUAGGCCGCUGGGAUAAGAAACGCCGGCACAGAGAAUUCAACGAAAAAAACAUGAGAGAGGAGGUGGGAUGUUGUUGUUGUUGCUGCGGUAAUAAGUUGUUAAUUAAUUAAUACUAUAAAACUAUAGAUGUUAAUGGUUUAACGAAUUUUUGCUAAAUAGAUCUCUCACACGAGGUGUAACACGUUGUCGAGACCACCGCCUCCAAAAGCCUCGUGUCCCUGUUAAAGAUCGUUCUCCCAUCGCAAAGAACGACGACACGCGGAAACCGCACCGUUAUUCGUGAUAAAAAGUUUGCCACGCGACACAUUUCGUCGACGAAGAGUUAGAGAGUCGAUUAGAGUGCACACAACACGCACGAUGCUCUUCGUCCAGAAAUGAUUAUAAGGAA